AACUCACACAUUGAUCCAUCUAUAUAUAUGCACAUGAGCCAUUCUUUCUAUCAUCAACCAAAAACAAGUAAUCCAAUAACUUUAAUUGUCUCAUACACCUUCAAAAGCUUCAGAAAGAAUUCAAUAUUUCAGUAAAAUAAAAACAAAUGGCUUUGAUGAGAAGUCUAUUGGGUGCAAAGAAGAUUCUUGGAAACGCAACAAGCAAACAGGCAGCCGCCGCUGCGCCAAAAGGGUACCUUGCGGUGUACGUAGGACAGAGCCAGAGGAAGAGAUAUGUGGUGCCGAUCUCGUACUUGAGCCAACCUUCUUUUCAAGCUCUUCUAAGCAAAUCUGAAGAAGAAUUUGGGUUCCAUCAUCCAAUGGGUGGCUUGACAAUCCCUUGUCCUGAAGAUACUUUCAUCAACGUGACGGCUCAGCUUCAAUGAUGAUUGAUUAUUCACCAUUUUGUUAUAGUUAGAGAUAGACUUGUUCCCUGUAAAUAGUGGAGAUUUUUUUUCUGUAACGUUUUGAAAGUGAAUGCCAUAGACACGAUCACAAUUCAUGUUAAUACAUCAACCGUUGAAAAAGAAAGUGUGAUGCCUAAUCUGAUUCUCUUUUUUUCUU